CAACCUCAACAGGUUCAGGCGGGCCCCCGGCCUAACCCUAAUGCCUGGAGAGUGCCUCCCAUUGUAUGCCCGGCCGAUACCACACUGAGGGCCCAGAUUGGCCCCACCGGCGGUACCAAAGGUUACCAGUCCAUUACCGGCAAAGUUGGCUGGGGUCUAGCAUGGUACAUUAAUGGAUUGUUGAUUCCGGAACUGACUUUGCAAAGAGGCAAAACAUACACAUUCAUCGUUGAGGGCGGCAACGAGCGAAACAACAGCGCCCGUCGGCACCCACUCUACCUGUCCGACGAUCCGGACGGCGGGUUCGACCACAAGACGGACGCCGAGCGCCAGAACGAGCAGAUCUUCGGCGGCGUCGGCAUAACACCGGACGGCACUAUUCUGCCCACCAGUGAGGGGCGACUCUGCGAGUGGAAAGUCAACCUCCGGGACCCGCGCCGGCCCGACGACUACUCAAACUUUUUUGACUUUCAACGCUCGCUAUCGCUGGACUGCGCUCAGGGCAAUUCCGGUGUACUCCGAUUCACCCCGGACAAUCAAACGCCCGACCUGAUCUACUAUCACUGUUACACGCAUCGGAAUCUGGGCUGGAAAAUACACGUGGUCGACAAUUGCGAUCAGCAUCAGCUGUUUGGCCAGUCGUCGGUGCCCAAGGCGUCGGUACUCAAGCCCGACCCUAUGCUGCUUAAGGGCGGCCCCGGAGGGCAGGAU